CGCACUUAGAUAUUUUUGAUACUUAGACUGGGUCUCUUAUACGAUCUAAGCGUAGGCUCGGUUGCAGUCUCAUGCGAAGUGUAUAGUGAAUACGACUGAGUGGUGUGUGUGCCCCCAGUCCUCUUUACUUCUCUCGCUUCUGUUAACCCUCGCGUUGCCAGAGUCUAUCAGUCGCGUUUGUAUGAGAAAUGGAGCUUGAACAAGCAGCAACGCAGUCGAAUUCCGACUCAGAAAAAAAGAUCAAAGAGAAUAGCAAUGUGACUGGAAAUCAUAGUGAUACUCAUAUAAAUGGCAUGUCAAAUGGAUUUGAUAAAAAGAGGGAACACAAGUCCGAACAUAGAGAUAGAGACAAAGAACGAUCUCAUAAAUCAGAUCAUAAAGACAGAAGCAAAGAAAAAGAUAGAAAUCAUAAAAGUGAACAUAGGGAUAAAGAAAAAGACAGACAUAAACAUAGUUCUAGUUCUAUUAAAGAAAAAGAUAAACAUGAUACUAGCAAUAGUAACAAGGAUAAAGAUAAGGAUAGAAAAAGUAGCUCAUCAUCAAGCAAGGAUAAAGAACAUAAAAGUACCAGUUCUUCAAGCAAAGAUAAAGAAAAGGAUAAAAGUAAAGAUAAAGAACAUCAUCACAAAUCUAGCUCUAGUUCUAGUUCCAAGGAUAAAGACAGGCAUCACAGUAGUUCAAAGGAUAAAGAGAAAGAUAAAGAUAAAAGCAAGGAUAAGGAUAAAUAUAAACAUAGUUUAAGUUCAAGUUCUCGAGAUAAAGAUAAAGAUAAAGAUAAAAAUAUUUCUAAAGAUAAAGAUAAAGAAAAAGAAAGAAAAUUAGAAAAGGACAAGGAAAGACAUUCCACAUCUCAUACAAAUGACAAAGAAAAGCAUCGUUCUUCUGAGAAAGAUAAAGACAAACAUAAUUUAUCAAAUAAAGACAAACAUCGUCAUGAUAAAGAAAAAGAUCGACAUCGUCAUGACAAAGAAAAAUCAAAACAUAGAGAAGAUAAAGAUAAAAAAGACAAAGAAAAAGAAGAAAUUAAAGUAAAAGAAGAAAUAAUGGAUGUCAAAUCUAAUCACAUAGGAAAUGAAGAAUUUCACUAUGAUAUUAGUCAAACUAUAAAACAUGAAGUGAAAGAAGAAUCCGUAUCACAAAUUGAACCAGAGGAUGAUGAUGACAGUGGUGGAGAACAACCAUUAUAUAUUAAAGAAGAAGAAGAUGAAGAAGAGCCCGUUAAUGAAGAAGAAGGUAGUAUGGAUUCAACUGAUGGAAAUGACACAAGACUUUCAGAUCUUCAUAAUACAACAAUUAAAACUGAAGAAGAAUCAGAUGAAGAUGUGCCAUUGAGUGCAAGAUCGAUGGCUCCUACAAGUAUUAAACGAAGUCUAGAUUCAGAGGAAGAAGAAGAUGUUCCACUUUCAGCACGUAAAAAGUCUAAAAAGAGCGAUACGAAAACAAAGAAAAAAAAACGAAAAUAUGAAGAUGAUGAAGAUGAAGACGAAAUUGAACAAAAACCAAAGAAGAAAGGUGCAAGAACAUCAAAGGGAGAAAAUUCGAGUCCCAGAAAAAAGAAACAAGAAGAAGAACAAGAAGUUUGGAAAUGGUGGGAAGAAGAAAAAAAAAAUGAUGGAACAAAAUGGACAUUUUUAGAACAUAAAGGACCGGUAUUUGCACCUCCAUAUGAACCACUUCCUCCUGAUGUAAACUUUUAUUAUAAUGGAAAAGAAAUGAAAUUAAGUCAAGAUGCAGAAGAAGUUGCAACAUUUUAUGCACGCAUGUUAGAUCAUGAUUAUACUACAAAACCUGCAUUUAAUAGUAAUUUUUUCCAUGAUUGGAGAGAAGUUAUGACUGAAUCAGAAAGGACAAAAAUAAUUGAUUUAAGUAAGUGCAAUUUUAAAGAAAUACAUGCUUAUUUUAUUCAAAAAAGCGAAGAAAGAAAAGCAAUGACAAAAGAAGAAAAACAAAAAAUAAAAGAAAAAAAUGAAGAGAUUCAAAAAGAAUAUGGUUAUUGUAUUAUUGAUGGACAUAAAGAAAAAAUAGGAAAUUUCAAAAUUGAACCUCCUGGUUUAUUCAGGGGUCGUGGUGAACAUCCUAAAAUGGGUAAAUUAAAAAAAAGAGUUAUGCCUGAAGAUAUUCUUAUUAAUUGUUCCAAAGACUCUAAUAUACCAAAGCCACCAUCAGGUCAUAAAUGGAAGGAAAUUCGACACGAUCCUAAUGUUACUUGGCUUGCAUCUUGGACAGAAAAUAUUCAAGGACAAGUAAAAUAUGUUAUGUUAAAUCCAUCAAGUAAACUUAAAGGAGAAAAAGAUUGGCAAAAAUAUGAAAUCGCUAGAAAAUUAGCACAAUUGAUAGAUAAAAUUCGAGCUGAAUAUAGAGAAGAUUGGAAGAGUAAAGAAAUGCGUAUAAGGCAAAGAGCUGUUGCAUUGUAUUUUAUAGAUAAAUUAGCUCUUAGAGCUGGUAAUGAAAAAGAUGAAGACCAAGCAGAUACUGUAGGUUGUUGUUCUUUACGAGUAGAACAUAUUACAUUACAUGAGCAAAAAGAUGGGAAGGAAUAUGUAGUUGUAUUUGAUUUCUUAGGUAAGGAUUCUAUAAGAUAUUACAAUGAAGUGCCAGUAGAAAAAAGAGUAUUUAAAAAUUUACAACUUUUUAUGGAAAAUAAAUCACCAAGUGAUGAUUUAUUUGAUCGUCUUAAUACAACUGUUAUGAAUAAACAUUUGAACGAAUUAAUGGAAGGUCUCACUGCUAAAGUAUUCAGAACAUAUAACGCUUCAUGGACAUUACAACAACAAUUAGAUAAAUUAACAAAUCCUGAUGAUACAGAAGCGGAAAAGAUCUUAUCAUAUAAUAGGGCAAAUCGAGCUGUUGCAAUAUUAUGUAAUCAUCAACGUUCAGUGCCUAAAACACAUGCAAAAUCUAUGGAAAAUCUUAAAGCAAAAAUAGAAGCCAAAAAACAAGCUAUUAAUGAUGCAGAACUUGCUGUAAAGGAUGCUAAACGUGAUGCAAAACAUGGAUCUGUUAAAGAAAAAGUUACAUAUGAAAAAAAGAAAAAAGCUCUUGAUAGAUUAAAAGAACAGUUGACGAAAUUGGAAGUCCAAGCAACAGAUAAGGAAGAAAAUAAGGAAAUUGCACUAGGCACUUCCAAAUUAAAUUAUCUUGAUCCUAGAAUUACUGUUGCGUGGUGUAAGAAACAUAAUGUCCCUAUUGAAAAGAUUUAUAAUAAAACUCAAAGGGAUAAGUUCAGAUGGGCAAUAGAUAUGGCUGGACCUGAUUAUGUAUUUUAACCCUAUAGAAGAUUGAUUAUUACAAAAAAUAACUCCCAUUGAGAUUGUAUUUAGUGAAAUUUUUGUUAAAAUUGUCGGGAAAAAGUAAUGGUAUAAUUUUCUAUAUUUACAAAAGAUAAAUGUGAGAGUGCGGAGACAUAUUUUAUAUAGAAAACUACAUUAAAUUUCGGUAAAGACUUUAUAUUCAAUGUGUAAUGGACACAUACUCGUAGUCUAGAAUUGAUCGCUUAGCAAAUAUUGCAUAAAAAUUUUAGCGAUCAUAUUUGAAUAUAGAGGUUUAAUUGAUCUUAUAAAUACUAGAAACAAAAAUUGAUAGUUUGACAAAAAUUAAAAUUCUUUAGGUAGAAAUUUAUAAUAUUUGUGAAUUAAGAAAGCAAGGUUUGUGCAAGUAAUCUAAAUUUAGAGAAUAUAACUCAGAGUUAACUCCAUUAAAACAAAAAUUUUACAAUCUCUAAAUUUAGAAAUGCACAAUAAACAAGGGCUGUUGCAUUGUACAUAGAACUAUGCAUGAAAACUUUGCCAGCCAAUUAAAAGAAAAAUAUAUGUGUAUUAGAUCUAUUAAAACAAAUCUGCCGAAUGA